AUGGACGACUCGACACGUGACAUAAUUCUGGAAUUUCAUAAUGGAUUUAGGACCCAACUAGCUAAAGGAUUGUCGCCAGGUUAUCGAGGGAAUAAUCUAUUGCCUGCAGAAAACCUUUACAAAAUGAGAUGGAGCUGUAAUUUAGAAGCGAAAGCUGUGAAAGCAACCAAAAGCUGCGAUCAUUAUAAUAUUGCCGCCGAAAAUUUAGCACAGAACAUAUAUUAUUCCAAUGAUGAGGACUAUAUCCAAAAAAGGGGAAAGAAAAUGUUCCUCAUCGAUGCCAUGUACGAAUGGACAAUGCCAGCCGAAUACUACAGCACGAAAACGGCUAUAGAACCGAGUAGAGGAAUGCGAAAUGUGACCAGUUACAGAAACGGUGCACAGCUCACCUAUGUCAAUAUGGCUGCUGAAUCUAUUUAUGAAGUUGGCUGCAAUUAUGAGCAGUGCAAGAAUGGCGGAAUAGCCGAAGCUGUGUUCACAUGUUUCUAUAACAAGAUCAUUAAUGGAGGAGCAGUCGUGUAUUUGGUAGGAGAUGGAACCGGAUGUGCGCAGGAUCCUGUGGUGUGCACCUUGGGUAAAAGUCGUUGCGAAGGUCUACUAUGCGAGCACUGA